AGGUCCGUAUGUUCCCCUUGUAAGGCGAUCUCUCUGUCCAAGUACUGUCUACUUGCCCAACUUGAGACAGCAUCCUAACAUGAGACAUGUCGGGAUUUUUUUUUUUUUUCAUCCGUGGUAGCCCUGUUGAGUGAUUUGUAAACAAAAGUGGCGUGCUAACCUCAAAGGGUAACAUCUGAAGAAGCCGUGCUGCAGAAGGCGAGUCUUAAACUCGAAGACUUCCAAUAUGGCACGUUAUCAACAAAAGCAGCCUACAAAUCACAAUCCAAGACAAUCUAACGGUAAACGCUCACAUCUAUCACCAAGGGGCAGGCAAGAAAAAAGGUUGCGUCGAUUGGCCGGCAGCCGUAAAUAUAAGGAUUACAGUGAUGAUAUUAUGAGAAGUGCUGUAAGGGCAGUUCGGAAAGGCUCAUCAGUUCGUGAAGCUGCAAGAAAAUGGAAUCUUUGCCACGCUACAGUUGCUCGUCAUGUGAAGAAGGUGAAAAACGGUAAGGUUGGUCGACCACGUGUCUCAACUCUUAAACAGGAAGAAGCUUUGAGGAGAUCCAUAACGGUAGCUGCUGUCUGGGGUUUCCCUUUAAAAAUGCACGAUAUCACGUGUUUAGUCAAGAGGUUUUUAGAUGCAAGAGGUGUCAAUGAACCCCGAUUCAAAAAUAAUAUGCCCGGUUUCAAAUGGGGUCAGGCUUUUGUUUCACGACACAGCGAAUUUCUGGGCACACGCCUAGCGCAGAAUUUAAAGAGAGCACGUGCUGAGCUUACGCCUCUAAGCAUCAAUGAAUACUUUGAUGAGCUGGAGAAAACUAUGGAGGGAGUUCCUGCUGAUAAUAUAAUUAACUAUGACGAAACAAACUUCAGGGAUGACCCUGGACGAGCUAAAGUUAUUGUUCGUAGAACAACUAAAUUUGCUGAGCGUGUCAUGGACACAACGAAAAGUUGUGUUUCAGUAAUGUUUGCUGGCACUGCGUCAGGAAAAACAUUACCCAUCUAUGUUGUCUACAAAGCUGAAAACUUGUACUCAUUAUGGAUGGAGGGUGGUCCGCCAGGGACCAUUUACAACCGCUCUCAGUCUGGAUGGUUCGAGGCCCCCAUAUUUGAAGAUUGGUUCCAAAAAGUUGCAAUCCCUUACUGCAAAUCUUUAGGUCCAGGACAGAAAGUAAUUAUCGGAGACAACCUAGCAAGCCAUAUUUCCCACAACGUCAUAAGACUGGCUGAGAAAAAUGAAAUUCGUUUUACGCUCCUUCCACCCAAUGCCACACAUAUUUGUCAACCCCUUGACGUUGCGUAUUUCGCUCCUCUUAAGAAGAAAUGGAGGGCUGUCUUAACUGAAUAUAAGAGCAAAUUCAGGGGAAACAUUACAAAAAUUAAUUUUCCAGGAUUGUUAAAGAAAACUAUUCAAGAAUUGACUAAUUCUGAGGCUAAUAUGAUUGCUGGUUUUGAAAAGUGUGGGAUUUGGCCAUUAAACCGGACCGAAGUACUAAAACUACUUCCAGAUUUUACUGUCGAUGAUGAUGAUCAUGGUGAAGAAUGGUAUUCCGCCUUAAAAGGGUUCCUCAAGGAGCACCGAUCUACUGAAACUCAACCUAAAUCAGCACCGAGAAAAAAAGUCCAAAUCGCUGCAGGUAGAGGCUACACUUUGGAAGAACUUAAAAAAUUAGAAGCAGCUGCUGAAGAAGAAAAAAUAAAAGAAGCUGAGAAGAAAAAAGAAGCUGCAAAAGAGAAGAGAAAAGCGGCAGCAGAGAAAAAAAGAGCAGCAGCUGAAGAACUGAAAUUAGCGAAGAAAACCAAGGUGAUCAAACGCGCACCCAAGAAAAACAACCAGAAACAAAGUUCCAUGCUAGGAGAUUCGGAGUCCGACGUUGAUGCACCGACUGACUCUGGCAACCCAAGCAGCGUGACAAGAUCAGACUCGUUGGAUAUUCCAAACAUCACUGAUGAAGAGCAGUUGCCACAGGUAGCAUCUCCUCCACCCGCAAGGUUCCCAGUAGCUGGGGAUUUUCUAUCUGUGCAGUUAAUGUACAACAAAGGUUCAAAGGCUAAGUGUAUGAAACAAUUCGUAUGCAAAGUCAUAGAUGCAAAAAAAUCUAGCUUUGAGUGUAAAUUUUUGCGCAGCUAUAAGGGGAAAAAUAAUGUAUUUGUAUUCCCAGACAUCGAUGACAUCACUGAUGUCAAACUGUCAGAAAUUAUCAGAAUAUUAAAUUAUUAA